AUGGAGAUAGCUCAGCACUUCAUCGAGGCAGAGAAUCUCACCGACGUCAAAACCGCUGGCGAAGGUCUCGAAUGCCUUGUUUACAAAGCAAGGUCUCCAGCGUAUGGACCAGUCGUUCUCAGAGUACCCAGAGUAAAGGUCUACCAGAACGCCAACGACCCCAACACUAACGCCAGUGAUCUCAUCCAGCAAGAGAUGAAGAUCUACGAGCUCUUAGAAAGCACACCCGUACCUGUUCCAAAAGCAUACAAGUACCUUGAAGAAGAUGGCUAUCCAGCGAUGUUGUGCGAGUACGUGGAUGAUGACGGAACAGAGAUUACGUUCAAAGAAAUGGGACGUGUGGCGGCCCUGAUACACUCAACGCCAUUAUCUGACCCAGCGAUGAAGACAGUUGUUUUGGAAACGGAAGAUGUGUUCUCAACCAUUGAGCAAAGACUCAAAAGACGCUUCUCGGUGCUAUCACAUACAGUGCCAGAGGCAUCAAGCUGGAUAACAAACUGGGACCUCAUUCACACCAUCCUCGAAGAUCUCAAACGCUUCCCUUCGAGUCUACUUCACAUGGACUUUCGUGACGUCAAUCUCCGUCACGAAGAUGGACGAAUAAGCGCUGUCAUCGAUUGGACCAACGCCCUCAUCGGCCCAGCAGCCGUUGAUAUCUUUCGAACGCUGGAGUUCAGUCAACUCGACGAGAGCUUCGUCAAAGGUUACACCGAAAUAACUACCUGGCCUGGUGUCACAGCCCAGGAAGAGUCGCUGCUAAGGCUUGAUGCUGCGCUUGUGCUGGCGUUGGUGUUCACGUCAGAGGCGCCGGAUGCUGAGAGGGCCGAAGUUGCGGUCGCGAGGGUGAAGGAACUCUCAAAGACCCUUGUGGAAGCUGCGUCGCGCGAAUAA